AUGUUCAAAAAGAAGCCUCAAAUCAAAAACCUCUCACCGCUUCGGUCCUCGGACCGCCGCAAGCUAGCAGACCAGAUCAUUGCCGACUACAAGGUCCACGUGCCAACCCUUGAGGAAAUCGACCCAACAUGGACCGCCGCCGAACUCCAAGCAUCACAGGCCACGCAAAACCCUACUCCCGCCCUCUCGUCGACGCGAGCCAGCCUCGUCCCCGAGACAUGUCUCUCAGCCCGCUUCACCACCCACGCCGGGCCCAACGCGACGCUGGUGUCCGGCACAGUGUACGUGGGCGCGCACCCAGGUCAAGAAGAGAGAGUAUUAUGGAUCCAGUACGGCAAAGAUUCACGCCUCUACCCGACGGUCUACACUCUGUGGCGCAAUCCCGGUUUAGUCCCACUCCUUCACACUCCGGAUUUUGUGGUGGACAAACUGCGCACAGGGGCGGAUCUGAUGACACCAGGACUGAUUGGUGGUCCGCCGUGGCCUGAAGCCGCAAAACAGGGGGCCGUCGUCACUGUUGCUGGAUUGGAAAGACCUAGCGUUCCUGUCUGGGUGGGUGUUUGCAAAAUCGAUGUUUCUAGUCUGGGUCGCGUACAGGGAGCAAAAGGUGCGGCGGUCGAGGGCGUGCAUUGGGAGGGAGAUGAGAUUUGGAAUUGGAGUCAAACUGGGAGCGGAGGUCGACAUGCACCUGAGAGGAUAGAGGGAUGGGAGUUGGAAAUGGCCAACACGAGCCUGGGAGACCGAGUCAAGCAAUUGGACCUGGAUGACGAUGACGAAGACGACGAUGACGGACAAGAAGAGGAGGGCGGCGUCGCUUUGGAAAAGCCGUCUCCCGCACCGGAGUCCGAUAAACAAGUUGACCACGACAUUGAGCACGACGACGGCCAAGACCAAAACACCCUCGAACCAGAAGCCGACAAAGAACCGACCACGCCCGAAGUCGACGACGCCUUUGUCCAAGCCUUCCUCUACGCCGUCUACAACGCCAAAAAGAACGGUGAACCACCUCACUACGGCCUAGACUUCCCCAUCCAGCCAUCAUUCUUGAUAUCAAACAUGGUCCAACCUCACCUCCGCGUCCAGAACCCGCACUACACGAUGAAAAAGACAUCGUGGAAAACGACCAAGAAAUUCAUCAAGUUUCUCGACAAAUCGGUGCUUGUCAAAUCCAAAGACCGCAACGGCGGCGAGACCGUCAUUCUCGACAUUGACUUUGAAGAUGACAAAAUCCGCAAUUUCACUCCGUACAGACUUCCGAAACCAAAACCCCCAACCAACGAAACUAACAACCAAACCGAAAACAACAACAGCAACAACUCCUCCAGCGAUCCCUCACUAAGCCAAAAACUCACUCUCCAAACCGUCUAUCGCGCAUCCCCGAAACUUGUGCCCGACCUAAUCCCGUCCAAAACGACAUUCUACACCUCAUCACAAAUUUCGUCAUUCCUCAAGAAAUACAUCGAGAACAAUCCCGACUUAACAAAAAACACCUCGUCAUCACGAUACGUCAAACUCGAUCCUUUUCUCGCCAAUAAUGUACUCUCCGACACUUCCAGUCCCGACACUCGUCGCGCGUUAGCAUCCGGCGAAAUCGCCCGUGACGUCCUCCUCAAGAAACUAAUGGACGUCGAGAACAACAACAAUGCGCAUCUCCUUGUCCCGCACUGGAUCCUGUUACGCAACGACCAGACCUAUGAUCCAGAAAACCCAAGUCAAGAUCCAGCACUCAAACCUCGCGCAGGCCCGCCGCCGCAUGUAAAUUUGGUCGUUGAGAAGCGGUCGGGAACGAAAGUCGCCACGCGCGUCUCGGGCUUGGAAGUGUUUGGAAUUAACCCGCAUUUGCUGGGUCCGGAGUUGCAGCGGAAAUGUGCUGGCAGCGCAAGCGUAGGCCAGCUGGUAGGUGGGAAACCGGGCAUGUUGGAGAUUCUUGUGCAGGGCGAUCAGAGGGAUGUAUUAGAAAAAGAACUGACCAAAAGAGGUGUGGAUAGGAGGUGGAUUGUUGUUGAUGAUAAGACCAAGAAGAAGGGGAAGAAGUAG